UUUAGUCUACUAGCCGUUGAGAGGUUGUUGUGAAACUGCUUCUUCCUUCUUCCCUAUAUGCAUCAGACUUUGGUGAGAUACAGCCACAGGGGGAAUGAAAUUGAUUUCUUCAAUCAUCAAGUUACAACUUCUUUUCUGUUCUUCUUCUUAUUGACACUUUUUCUUCUACCAAAAAUUGUUGAAUGCAAGAAUUCAAUUAGUCCCAGAGGACGAAUUCAACUGGAAAUCGAAAGAUUCAAGAUUCAGUGUUUUCUAUUGUCAGGCUCCAGUGCCUCUACAACUUUUGGGAAAAAUGAAGAAGAUGGCACUUCCAUUGUACCCCCAGGAUUAUUGAGAAUGAUUUUUUCAAGCAAGACUGGAGGAUUAUGGGAACAGUUGAUAUAUUUCAGUAUAUAUUCAUCAAGUGGACACUUUGUUUUCUUAUUGGAGUUAAGUCUCCUUGGGUUCCUCAACAACCUUGCCAUCGAAAAUAUAGCUGGUGUGAAGUUUGUUAUAACCUCCAUUAUGAUGUUGGCUAGAAAGUCUGUAGACUGAACUGAAAGGAAAAGGUCUAUUUCAUAUUUGGUUGAGUUCUUUGAUUCUGUUAUUUAGCUCAGAUCUAGACUGAUGUCCCAACCUAGGGAUUGCUACAUUUUCUUCCCUACUCCCUUGUCUCCUUGCCCAAUUUUGUUGUGAUGUGGUAUGUGUGUGUAAUAUUUAUCAAGUUUAAAUGUGUGGACAGGUUUGUUGUUGCUUUCAUCGUCUUUGCUUCUUCAAAUCUUGGCUUGACAUUUUUAUGAAGUUUGGUCACUGGUUUGGUAGCACCAAAGGCUGUUGGUUCAGGUAUACCAGAGGUUAAGGCUUACCUGAAUGGUGUAGACGCACCUGCAAUAUUUUCGUUUUGAACUGUGGUUGUCAAGGUAUUUUAGAAUUUUGUUGAAUUGUUUUCUCUCAACAUAUAUAUAUGUAUAGGUAUAUAGAUAUAUAUUAUAUAAGAUCUGUAUAUAUGCAUGUAGAUCCU